AAAGCUUGAAACUACUUUUCAAAAACAAAAUAAUUUAGAAAAAACAAUAUUUGAAAAACUGGAAGAAAAAAUUAUAUGCAAUAAGACAACUAAAUAUAUAAAUGAAUUAUUAAUGAGUACAAAAAAUAUUGUACUAGAAUAUGAAAUUUCAAUUGCACGUAUAGAAAAUACAUAUGGAAAUAAUCUCUUACAAUUAGAAAAACUUAAAAAUCUCAUUGAAUUAAAAAAACAGAAUUAUUGGAAUUGACACAGAAGAAUACUGGGAAAGAAAAACAAAUAGAUGAAUUACAAAAGGAGACAAAAAAAUAUGAAGCAAUGAUAGGAAAAUCACAAACAAAACUUCUUGGAAUAAAUAAACUUAUUGAGCAGAUAUUACCAAGUAUUGGCGGAGAAGAAUUGAGUCCACAAGACUUAAAAAUUGUUAGUUUAGAAAAAAAUAUUCAAGAACUUCAACAAAAUAUUAAAAAAGCACAACAAUUUUGGUUACGUCAACAAGGUUUUUUCGUUUCAUUAAGUCAACAAAGAGAAUCACAGUUAAGAGAAUUAAAUCUUCUUGAAAAGGAAAUUAUGAUAAUAGGACAAAAAAAUUUUAAAUUGGAAUAUGCAUUAGAAAUGCUUAUAAAGGAAGAAGCAAAUGUAAAUAAAAUUAUAACUUCUCUUAAUCAAAAAUUAUCCCGCAUGAAUUCAAAUUUAGUAGUACAAAAAGAUUUAGAAAAGGAAUUGGAAGAUAAAAAUUGUAUAAUGAAGAAUGAAUGUCUUUUAUCUUUUCAAGAAUUAGAAUUAGAAGUUAUAAAAAUACAAAGUGAUUUAAAAAAUUUAUGUACAGAGAAAAUUAUACUUAAGGAAGAAUUAAAUUCUGCACAACAAGAAAGUUUAGCAUGGGAAAAAAAGGUACAAUUAUUACAAGAUACGAUUAAAAAUAUGAAAGAAGAAUCAAGUACUGGAGGUAUAGCUUCAAUGAAAAGUGAAAUUCAUAGAAUGGAAAUGAGACUUUCUUAUUUAAAAAAAAUUCAAGAAAAAUUAAUUCAUGAUAUGAAUCUUUGCAUUACAAGAAGAGAUAUUAUAGUUGACAAAAUGUUUGGUAAACUUAAAAAGAAUCCAAAAGUAAAACAUAAUGAAAAGAUUAUAAUGUAUAAACGUUUAUCUGAUCAAAAAGUAAAAAUCAAACAACUUUUAAAGAUUACAAAACAAACGGGUAAUAUGAUAGAAAAAUUAAAAAUUCAAAUAACAAGCAUUCAGGAUAAAUUAAUUAAAUGUCAAGAAUUUUUACAAAAUCUAAAAAUACAUGUUCAAACUGUAGAAAACGAAAUUGAACAAAUGGAAUUAUUAAAAUAUCAUAAUUUACAUAGUUUAGUUCUUAAGCAAAGGAAAGUAAAACAAUUAUAUGAUAUAAAAAAUGGUAUAUAUAAAAUGAUUUAUAAAAACGAAAAUAUAAUUGAAGAAAAUUUGCAAAGAGAACAUUAUUGCAGAGAAUAUUUAAAAUGUACAUUAGAAAAAACUAAUCAUGAUUUUCCAACAUUAAAAAAUAGCAUAAAAAGAGUGUUACUUACUUUGCAAACAUUUUAAAAAAUUAAUGAAUGUAUAAGAUAAGGUAAAAUAAUUAUUAUGUUAUCAUAAAUGAAUACAAAGGUACAAAGUUCUAGUAAGGAAAUAUUUUACCAAGUUACAAUAGAAUAAUAUUAUAUAAAAUUUUUCAAUGU